UGCCGGGCAACUACAGAUUAAUGUACGACAAAAAAGACCGUGGGCCACUUUAAAUCCUGUGCAGCAUGAGACACGGAGGUGUCAGGCCUUUACCAGAUAAAGACAAGAUCAACGAGCAAUCGAAAACAUCCGAGAAAAAUUGCUUCUUGAGCAGAUUCACAGCAGAUUCCAAGAAAUUGAAUCACUGCACUAAGAGAGAUGAGAAGCAGAAGAUGAAGCGACUGAAGACCCGCAAGGAAAGGAGUCUGAUGAGAGGCGGUUGGAAAGAGACCUCAAACACCAAAUCGCAUCACCAUUACUGCAGCCGCCAAUGCAGUAAAGACAUGGCACAUUUCCAUAACUGCUGUCAUAGUAGCUGUCAUUGUCCUUCAAAGAAACAGACACAGUUUCCAGGCGUCGCUCCUGCUGUACUGGAGCCCAGUAUCAUCACAGACAGGCGCCUGAUAGGACACCAGGGCCUGUUCAACUAUGAAGUGAAGUCUAUUGAUAUUGAACGCCUGCUGAGUGAGCAGAGGAAACUCAAGCAAAGUGGACAGCAUGUAAAAGAAAAAUACAAAGCUUCUUCACAUCUAUCUUCAUCAUCUUGCAUUCCUGCACCAUUCUCCUGUGAUCCUUUGUUGGGUGCUGAUACCGAUGAUGCUGUGCCAUCUAAAAAGAAAGCAGACCCUUCUACAAAGGCCCAUUAUGAUUCCCAAGAGAAAGAAAGUCAAAACCUUCAGUUUAAUAGUCAAGAAUUAGAUGUUACACCAGGGCAGAGACCACAGCAACAACUUGAUCGUUCAUUUGGAAGUUUUAAAAGCGUCCGUUCAUCUAAACACAGCUCCCUCAGUGUAGGACCAACCAAGACCAUUAAGACCAGCAAUUUCAUGUCUGAAAAGGACAUGGAGUCACAGCUGACUCCCAUUGUUGACAGAGACAAUCUGAAGACAUUAAAAAAGAAGGUAAAGAGAAAAAUGAUGCCUACUCUUGAACUAACGGCGAAGACUCGGGAGUCUCCUGUCUACCAGAAGCAAACCAGUGGUCCGAACCCAAGCCCGCUUCAACUCCAAAGCUCACUCGCUGCUGAUAGCUUUGAUGUACAGUGCAGAAGACACAAUCCCAAAAAUGUGUCUAAGACUGUCAGUGCAGUGGCAGUACGUUUGUGUGACAGUCUGGAAUUCCGACUUUUGGGAAGGGCAAACCUUCUGUCAGAGAGCAGGGAAGUGCUGUUGAAAUCGCUGCGGGAGAAGCAUGGACCCUGUCUUCAAGAAAACCUCCUUGAGGUGCAGAGAGGCUUUAGCUUUGGAAUGGAUCCCACAAACGCUGUCCAGGAUCAGGAAAUCAUGACAGAUGAACAUGAGGUCUUCCCUCCAGAUACGUCUUUCACAAUGAAAGGAAGCAAGACUUUUAACUGGAAAUUCAGUCCACAGCUGCACCACAAUGAGGAACAGUUCUUCAUGGACUUUGAGCCAUCAGGACCUUCAGCAAGCGAAGGGUUUACCCCCUCUCUCACCUUGUGCAGAGAAGAAAUAGCCUCUGAGCGCCAGGAAAAUAGUUUCAACAGGUCAAACAGCAAAGAGUCAGUGAUGUUUGAUUUCUUUGAAAAUAGCUUUGUGAACUGCACCAGUGAUAGAGAGAGGAGACCUGGGCUGCAAUGUCGUGGUGCCAACAUCCAGCCCUUCUUUUCUCACCAAGCACAGCUGGCAGAUGGACAGCCAGCAGAGCCAACAUACUUUCCCCAGAAGCAAGACCCGCUUACAGAUAACAGAUACUCUUUUUCUCCCCUUUUCCCUGCCAAAAUUCCCAAUUUUUAUCAGAGCAAUUCCCUCUUCCCUUUCAGUCAGUUCCUUCACCCUUUAGCUUGCUCUCCUCCCAGAUCCCACCACACUGACAUGGUGCAUUACCCCCCAUCUCAAAUGCUUGAAAGAAGCACAAAUCCUCUUUCUUCUCUACUGAGCCCUGUGCACUGGUCCUUCCCUGCUAUGAGGCUAUACUAAUAUGUGGUAAAACUUUCCAUACAGAAAUGCCUGUGGACAUUUUUAGGGCUAACGAAAGAACAAUUUUCUCUUAAUUCAAAUCAUCCAGACUUUUUGUUCACAGAAAAUGUGUUUUCAUAUUUUAUUAGAAAAAUAGCAUGUAAUGUAAUAGCAAUAGCUAUCUUCUCAUUUGUCUCUUCUUUUACCACAUGCUGAGAAAAAGAAACACACAAUUAUGCAUUACUUGCAUCUUUGGAA